CACGUGGUGGAGGGAGUCCGAUUAAUCGUGACGUGUGCGACUUUGUACAUGUAUGCGUUGCGAUCUCUCGUGACCGGUGCGCGUCGUUGUAUCCGCGCGAUGUCCGCUGUCACGACGAGAGGGAAGCCGGAGGUGGUGUUUAUCCUGGGCGGCCCGGGCGCCGGCAAGGGCACGCUGUGUCGCUACAUCGUCGAGCGCUACGGUUAUGUCCAUCUGUCGGCCGGUGAUCUGCUGCGCGAGGAACGCGCCAAGCCCGGCUCGCAGUACGGCGAACUCAUCGAGACGCAUAUCAGAAACGGCACGAUCGUUCCCGUGGAGAUCACCUGCAGCCUCAUCGAUCGCGCUAUGCAAACUUCCGAGAAUCCCCACAAUCGGUUUCUCAUCGAUGGCUUUCCUAGAAAUCAAGAUAAUCUCGACGGUUGGAAUAAGGCAAUGGCUGACAAAGUUAUACUGAAAGGCGUAAUAUUCUGUGAAUGCAAUCAGGAAGUCUGCACUCAACGUUGUCUGAAGCGUGGUGCCAGUGGUAGCGGUCGCAGCGACGACAACGAGCAAUCCUUGGUUUUACGUCAUCAGACUUACCUGAAAAACACAUUACCGAUAAUAGAAAUGUAUGAGCAACAGGGCUUAGUUUACAAAGUUAAUUCUAUGAAGACACCGGAAGAGGUGUUUCAAGAUGUCGCAGAAUUCUUCCCUAAGUUAGGAUGGUAAUAAUAACGGUUCAUUCCUAAAACAAUUCUAAUAAAUAUAUUAUUGUACUUUUCGAUGCUAAGGAAUAUUUAGUUCUACAUCUGUAUCAUGAUAUAGAUACAUUUUUACACACAUGGUAGCAUCUGUAUUUUAUUUAGGAUGUAUCACACUUUAUUUAUAAAUAGCACAGAGGUUUCUAAUUUUAUUUUACUGGUAUCUAUAUUUUAUUCCAAUCUUUGUAUACACAUUACAAAUUUUAUUGGCUAAACAUUCCUUCACAAAUGUACAAUAAUACAAUGCAAAUGCGGGUAAUACUGGUAUAACAAUUGGAAAACAUUGUAAUAUCCUGCCAGAAGUACCGAGAGAAUCAGCGACUCGUAAUGUAAAUUCUUUGAUACAAUAUUAUAUAUAGCGUUGGCGUACAUGCUUAUAUAUUUAUAGAACAAGUAUUCAAGUGACGUGUUAUUAUUAUUGGAUUAUACUGAAUGAGAAUUUAAUGAUUGUUAGGAAAAAUCGUAUAUCAAUGUGAGAAAAGACAGAAGAAAAGAUAAAUGGAAGAGAAGUAUAUUAUGUAUUUUUAAUUUACUUAUGUAAAAAUAUAUUCAUAAUUAAUAUGUCAA